AUGGAUUCAUUCAGGGUGAUUCGUAUCAAUAACCUCUAUGAUAUUUGGAUGAGGACGUUCUACAAGCAGGCGCAACACCGCCCUCUCAUCGUUCAAAAGGCCAGAGUGAAAUAUGGUUUCCGAGGCAUAAUCCCACAAGAUGCGUGGGGUGGCAUCACUACAAGGAGGCUCAUAUAUCCUGCACACCUUCAAAACGAUGUGAUCAUCGACAUUGUAGACUUAGCCCGCUGCUCCGACACCGAUAAUGUCAAGGCCCAUUUGAUACUGAACCGCUAUGGUAAAAUCAGCGCUGUCGAUGAAGAAGGUAACUUGGCUUGGGUUGAUAAAAAUGGUCUUUGCGGCUUGCCAGGUACAGGACAAUUCAGCAAUUUGGAGCCUGGAGGUGAAAAGGUCCUAGGACGUACCCUUGAAAUAAGAAAAUAA